GUUCUCCUCUCGGCGCGCCUGUCACGUCCUUCUGGGGGCACCUCCGGCCACGGCUGCUUGGGCCAUGGCCACGGUGAUCUUCGCGCACUUCGGCGCCAGCGCGCUGGCGGUGGUGCUGCGCACACAGUCGCGGCCCUUCUUGCGCUGCGUGGCGCGAUGCAGCGCCUGCGUGCAGCGCUUCCUGUGCUGCCGGGAGGCGCCGCCGAAGGAGCGGAGUAGCGGCGGGCUGAAGUGGUAUUGGUUCCACCUGGCAUGCCAGGUGGCCUUUGGCGUGCGGGAGUUCCUGCUCAUCUCCCAGCUCCGCGCCUGGACCUGGGAGCUGGUGUUCGUGAACGCGGCAGUGUGGCUGACCAUAGCGAUAGUGACCAGAGAGGUCUGGUGCUUCUCGAUGGUCCGGGAGGGCCCUGAGCAGCGGAAGGUGGCGGUGGAUGGGUUGCUGGAUAUGCUGCUGCUGCCGGUGAACAUCAUCUUCUUCUGCGCGGUUUGCGUCCGCGUGCUGAAGCUGCAGCCGGACACGCAGAUGGGCCGGAUGGUGCCUGUGAUCAUCGAGAGCGGGGACAUCUACGAGGCCUUCGCGCUGUGGUCCGUGCUGGUGCUCUUUGUCAAGGUGGUCCAGGCGGAGAUGGCCGGGAGCCACUCCAACGCCAUGAGCUCCUUCAGGUCCUUCAAGAGCAUCGCCCUGCAGGGCGUCAAGGCCUGGGUCUUCAUCCAGUCCGCCGCCGUGGUGCUGAAGCUGAUUUUGCAGGGGCUGGUAGCCGUGUACGUGCCCACUUUUUGCUACUGGGCCUCAAAGACCUGCACCAGCUGCGAGAAGUGGUACGAGGACAAUGUGGCGACUGCGCUGUCAGCUGUUACCUUUCUGCUUUGUUCCUUCGCCAUCAUGUUUGUCUUCUACUUCGAGUCAGGCUACCGGCACCACCUAGAGAAGACUGAGCCUAUGUGGAAGUUCCUCGGGGUGAAAGGCAUCGUGUCUGUGACCUACUUCCAGUGGCUGGUCAUCUCUGCGUUGGCCUCCCCACUGCACUGGAGCACCACGCAGGUCUACCUUCUCCACUGCCUUCUCUACGCCUUCUGGAUGCCUCUGCUGGCCACGGUGCACACCUUCUUAGCCUACCCCUUCUACCGCUUCCGCAGCGCAGAGCCCGAGCUGUCGCCCUGGCUGGUCGCAUGGCUGCGCACCAUGGACGAGGCCCCUGCCGCGCCCUCUGACGCCGCGGAGACGCCCGCGACUCCGUCGGUGAUCAGCAGCGACAGCCGCAUGGAGACGCUGCUGGACUACCAGCCCUCGCCCUUCGAGGCCCGCACGGUGCGACUUCCCGAAGUCUCGGCCCCGGUGUCCUUGGCCAAGCUCGGCUUCUACGCCUUCCUGGGACUCCUCGCCUCCUGCGCCAGCUCCAAGGCGCUCUUAACGAUGAUCCCCCCGCAGCAGCAGACCCCCGGCCCGCUGCGGAACAUCUCCUGCGCAGGCCAAGGAGACGUGGCGCACUUCUUACAGAGCCGCGCGGACCUGCACUUUGCGCUGCUGAACCACACGGCCGAGACCUGGAGCAGCCCGGGGGUGGCUGGGGCCUGGCUGCCCCUCUGCGCCGAGACUCAGCUGGGCUGCGCGCCGGGGCACUUCGCUGGGCCGUCGAAGCCGCCGCAGCUGGGGUGCUCCGCCCAAGGCGUCUACACCUGGCAGGGCUCCUGCAGCGCCAUCAGCUGCGGGGACCCGCCGCGGCUGCCCCAUGCGAGCCCCCGCAUGCACGACAUCGAGCGCCAGAACUGGACCUACGGUGUGACGAUCCACUACGACUGCGACAAGCCCGGCUACCGGGGCGACCUGCAGGCGGUGUGCAAUGUUACCGGGACCUGGGUGGUGUCGGGGGCCUGCGUGGAGGUCACCUGCGGCGCGCCCCCGGAGAUCCUGCACGCGGCGCCGCUCUGGGAUCCGGGACGCGGGAAUGUGAGCACAGGCAUGGUGGUUCGGUACCAGUGCGAAGAGAUGUACAACGGCACCCCAACUGCCAGCUGUGGUGACGACGGCAUGUACAUGGCUGCAGGGCGCUGCCGCCGCGAGUGCGGCGCGCCGCCGCUGGUGCCACACGCCGCGCCCAGGUACAACAACUCCCAGGUGGAAAGCGGAUGGUUUGUCGGCAUGAGCUGCCCAUACGUGUGUGAUCCAGGCUACCACGGCUAUGUCACCGCGGUGUGCGGCGAGGCAGGGAACUACACGGUCUCCGGCGCCUGUGUGCCAGUCUCCUGCAGCAGCCCCCCGCGCUUGCCGCAGGCCACUGCGCGCAUGGAGGACCUGCGGAGGCAGAACUUCAGCUUGGGGUCCCAGGUGCACUACGACUGCAACGCGCCGAGGUUCCAGGGCCGGCUGCUCGCGGAGUGCUUGGCGAGCAGCCGCUGGAACAUCUCCGGCGCCUGCACGCAGGUGACCUGCGGAGAGCCCCCGGCGUUGCCUCACGCCGCGGCGCUGCGGGAGAAUGCGACCGCGGGGACGGUUGUCCGGUACCAGUGCGACCAGCAGUACAAUGGCACACCAAGUGCAACCUGCGGUUAUGACGGGCACUACGUCUCUUCCGGCCGCUGCCGCCGCCUCUGCGGGCCACCGCCCACGGUGCCGCAGGCCAGCCCCAAGGCGGCUGCGGGAUCUGCGGAGGGCUGGCUGGCAGGUAUGGGCGUGGACUACGCCUGCGACCCCGGGCUGGAGGGCGGCAUCACGGCCAUGUGCACGGACGCGGGGAACUUCUCCGUGGAAGGCAGCUGCAGGCCCGCGAGCAUGCUGGAGACCAACUCGUUGCGCCGGAAGCUGACAGGUGUGUCGGUGGGCAUGGGCGUGGAGAACCUCUUCCUCCUCGGCGGCUUGGGCCUCUUCUGCUACCAGAGGUACCGGGUGGUUGCGCAACCCACGGCUGCAGGCAACGAGCUGGCCGAGGGGUCGGCGCCGAUCUGCCCGGAGAGCUCGGGCGCGUGACACGGCUUCCCACAUGACUUCGCUCAGCAUUUCAUCGGCGAAAGCGAACCGGGAAGCGGAGUGGCCAUGCAGUUGGUUUCCUCGGAUGCCAAGUGGCCCAUGACUUCACAUUUCACCUUUUCUGUGC